UCCGGCGGCGUGACCUGAGUGCGUUGGUCUGGCUGGGUGCCGGAGCAAGAAGGGUCUGCGCUGGCGGCCGGGACUGUAUUAGGAAUCUUGGAAGCACUGCCAACAUGUCUGAUGUUCAAGAAGCCACUAACCAACUCUUGGAUGUGAACCUUCAUGAGAACUGGAGGUCUAUACAAGUGACAGAAAGUGAUCCCAGAAGUGAGUCUGAGCACCUCCAAGUCACUGUUGGAGCCACUGUACCUACUGGUUUUGAGCAAACAGCUGCAGAUGAAGUGAGAGAGAAAUUGGGGUCAUCAUGCAAAAUCAGCAAAGACCGGGGCAAGAUAUAUUUUGACAUUUCAGUGGAAAGUCUGGCUCAGGUUCAUUGUCUGAGAUCAGUUGAUAACUUAUUUGUGGUUGUUAAGCAGUUUAAAGAUUACCAGUUCAAAGAAACAAAGGAAGAAGUUCUAAAGGAUUUUGAAGAACUGGCUGGGAAGCUUCCAUGGUCAGACCCUUUAAAAGUAUGGAAAAUUAACACCAGUUUCAAGAAAAAAAAAACAAAGCGCAAAAAGAUGAAUCAGAGUUCAGGUAAAGAGAAGAUUGAUAAUGGACAAGGAGACAAGACAGAUGAGAAAGAUGAUAAAGGAUUCACUAACAAUACCUUGGAUUGCCAUAUCUUAGACUAUUAUGAAAAUCCAGCCAUCAAAGAAGAGAUAUCAACAUUAGUAGGUGAUGAUUUGGCAUCUUGCAAAGACGAGAAGGAUGAAAGUUUAAAAGAAGAAACUCAUCCUAAAGUGCUAAAGUUUAGAGUCACAUGCAACCGGGCAGGAGAGAAACAUUGCUUUUCCUCAAAUGAGGCUGCAAGAGAUUUUGGGGGUGCUGUUCAAGAUUACUUUAAGUGGAAGGCUGACAUGACCAACUUUGAUGUGGAGGUUCUUUUGAACAUUCAUGAUAAUGAAAUUGUUGUGGGCAUUGCAUUGACAGAAGAGAGUCUCCACCGAAGAAAUAUCACACAUUUUGGACCUACAACACUUAGAUCUACUCUUGCCUAUGGGAUGCUUAGGCUCUGUGCUCCUCAACCUACUGAUAUAAUAGUUGAUCCGAUGUGUGGAACCGGAGCAAUACCAAUAGAGGGGGCUACUGAAUGGUCUAACUGUUAUCAUAUUGCUGGUGAUAAUAAUCCGUUGGCUGUGAAUAGAGCAGCAAAUAACAUCUCAUCUUUAUUGACCAAGAGCCAAAUUAAAGAAGGCAAAGUGUCCUGGGGCUUGCCCAUAGAUGCUGUUCAGUGGGAUAUCUGCAAUCUGCCAUUGAGAACUGGCUCUGUGGACAUUAUUGUAACAGACAUGCCAUUUGGAAAAAGGAUGGGCUCCAAAAAGAGAAACUGGAACCUUUAUCCAGCUUGCCUACGGGAGAUGAGCCGUGUCUGUAGACCAGGGACAGGCCGAGCUGCACUACUUACUCAGGACAAGAAAUGCUUUACCAAGGCAUUAUCUGGAAUGGGACAUGUGUGGCGGAAGGUACAUACUGUCUGGGUGAACAUAGGGGGCCUUCAUGCAGCAGUUUAUCUUCUGAAACGUACACCUCAAGCUUUUGUUGAUCCUUCAGAACAAGAUAGGGAAAGAACUCCUUGGUGAUGCCAAGAAUGA